UGGGCCGCCGGGGGCAGGUGCGAUGGAUGACGCGCCAAGUGACUCCAGCCGUGAGACGGGGGCCACCGCAACACCUACCGGGUCUUCAUUGGCAACCGCCCAGGUCGCCGCGACGUCAUCCGACUCCAACAGCCAGUGCGUGUUCUGCCGGAUCGUGGCCCAGCAGGAGCCCGGCACCGAACUCCUGUAUUGUGAGGACGAAGACCUGGUUUGCUUUAAAGAUAUCCAACCAGCAGCAACUCAUCAUUACCUUGUGGUGCCAAAGCGGCACGUUGGGAACUGCGCAGAGCUAAGGAAAGAGCAAAUAGGGCUUGUGGAGAGCAUGGUUACCGCCGGAAAAACCAUUCUUGAAAGGAAUAAUUUCACUGACUUCAAAAAUGUGAGAAUGGGUUUCCAUGUGCCACCAUUCUGCACCAUUUCCCACUUGCACCUUCAUGUCAUAGCGCCAGUCUAUGAGUUUGGCUUCUUAUCAAAGUUGGUUUAUAAACCGAAUUCCGAUUGGUUCAUCACAGCUGACUAUUUGAUUAAAACACUAAGAAGACGAAAAUGACAGCAGUGGAAGGUUUUCUUAUUCUCGGCUCAACAGAAACGAAUAUGUUGGCCCCGCUUAAAUCAAAUUACAAUGGUAAGGUUUGUUGGGUUUUAUAGGAGGCUGUUACUGGGUAGCCUUAAGUCUUCUCUGAAUGUGU